AUCGUCGACUACGUGGGCAUGGGCGGCGUGGUGGUGGUGACGCAGUCGGGCCCCAACACCAUCAGCCACCUGCUCGUGAGGGACGCUGGCGAGUCGGACUCCGGGAAGUACACCUGCAAGCCCUCCAACGGCGAGGAGGCUUCCGUCACGCUGCACGUGCUCAAUGGCGAGCACCAGGCGGCCAUGCAGACCAACACCAGCACGAGGAUCAUGACGUCGCUCGCCAGCCUGUUCGCGGCGGCCUCCCUCGCCGUCGCCGCCGUCGCCGUGGCGUGCGCCUGCUAGAGCCCCGCCGCCCCCGAGUGAGAGAACAGGGAGGAGAACAAAUGAUAAAGGACUUCGUUGUGUCUGACUUGUCACUGCGCAGGAACACAUUUUGAACAUGACGUACUGGUUCGUGUAUUUUCCCCCUCGCUCCACCGAAGCGAGUCCGUAGGUGUCAAGAUAGAUGUAUACUCUGUUGUUAUUCGGUGGAUACACUGAAGGUGUAUUAGCAUUUUCCUUCAUUGGUGCUACAGAUCAAAUAUUUUGGUCCUUUUUUCAUUUUUGCAUACUCGAGGACAGAUUUCCCCUUGCAAGAUGCAGGGAAUGUAUCUGAUUUUUGUUAUUUUUUGGAACAAAGUAGUGAGAUUGUGCCACAAGUCGCAGGACACAAGGAAGUGCUAGCCAAAGUGCUGCCACGAGUGCAUAUUGUCAGGUCUCUUGGCUAAUCAAGAUUCUAAAAAGUUGUAU